GCCUGGAGUCCCCGCUGACGGUGGAGUUGGAGCAGUUAUCGCCCGUGGGAUUGCAGCAGCUUCUUGUUGUCUCCACGCACCGCGCAGGGCUUCUCCCGGUGGCGCUGCGAGUUCGGGGGUCGGCAGCCAAGCACAGGUUUCCUAAAAGACAGAAAAAUGGAGGAAUCAGUAAACCAAAUGCUACCACUGAAUGAGAAACAGAUAACCAAUUCUGAAGAUGGAUAUGUAUGGCAAGUCACUGAUAUGAAUCGACUACACCGGUUCUUAUGUUUUGGUUCUGAAGGUGGGACUUAUUAUAUCAAAGAACAGAAGUUGGGCCUUGAAAAUGCUGAAGCUUUAAUUAGACUGAUUGAAGAUGGAAGAGGAUGUGAAGUGAUCCAGGAAAUAAAGUCAUUUAGUCAAGAAGGCAGAACCGCAAAGCAAGAGCCUAUGCUCUUUGCACUUGCCAUUUGUUCUCAGUGCUCUGACAUAAGCACAAAACAAGCAGCAUUUAAAGCUGUUCCUGAAGUUUGUCGCAUUCCUACACAUCUCUUUACUUUUAUCCAGUUUAAGAAAGAUCUGAAGGAAAGCAUGAAAUGUGGCAUGUGGGGUCGUGCCCUCCGGAAGGCUAUAGCAGACUGGUACAAUGAAAAGGGGGGCAUGGCCCUUGCUCUGGCAGUUACAAAGUAUAAACAAAGAAAUGGCUGGUCUCACAAAGAUCUAUUAAGAUUGUCACAUCUUAAACCUUCCAAUGAAGGACUUGCUAUUGUGACCAAGUAUAUUACAAAGGGCUGGAAAGAAGUCCAUGAAUUGUAUAAAGAAAAAGCACUUUCUGUGGAGACUGAAAAGUUGUUAAAGUAUCUGGAGGCUGUAGAGAAAGUGAAACGCACAAAAGAUGAGCUGGAAGUCAUUCAUCUAAUAGAAGAGCAUAGAUUAGUUAGGGAACAUCUUCUAACAAAUCAUUUAAAGUCUAAAGAGGUAUGGAAGGCUUUGUUACAAGAAAUGCCUCUUACCGCAUUGCUAAGGAAUCUAGGCAAGAUGACUGCUAAUUCAGUGCUUGAACCAAGAAAUUCAGAAGUAUCUUUAGUAUGUGAAAAACUGUGUAAUGAAAAACUAUUAAAAAAGGCUCGUAUACAUCCAUUUCAUGUUUUAAUUGCAUCAGAAACUUAUAAAACAGGUCAUGGUCUCAGAGGAAAACUAAAAUGGCGCCCUGAUGAGGAAAUUUUGAAAGCUUUGGAUGCCGCUUUUUACAAAACAUUUAAGACAGUGGAGCCAACUGGAAAGCGUUUCUUGCUGGCUAUUGAUGUCAGUGCUUCUAUGAACCAAAGAGUUUUGGGUAGUGUACUCAAUGCUAGCACAGUUGCUGCAGCAAUGUGCAUGGUUGUCACACGAACAGAAAAAGAUUCUUAUGUAGUUGCUUUUUCAGAUGAAAUGGUACCAUGUCCAGUGACUACAGAUAUGACAUUACAACAGGUUUUAAUGGCUAUGAAUCAGAUCCCAGCAGGUGGAACUGAUUGCUCUCUUCCAAUGAUCUGGGCUCAAAAGACAGACACAGCUGCUGAUGUCUUCAUUGUCCUCACUGAUAACGAGACUUUUGCUGGAAGUGUCCAUCCUGCUAUUGCUCUCAGGGAGUAUCGAAAGAAAAUGGACAUUCCAGCUAAAUUGAUUGUUUGUGGAAUGACAUCAAAUGGUUUUACCAUUGCAGACCCAGAUGAUAGAGGCAUGUUGGAUAUGUGUGGCUUUGAUACUGGAGCUCUGGAUGUAAUUCGAAAUUUCACAUUAGAAUGUGAUUUAACCAUAAGCACCAGCAUGAUCUAGGAGGUCUGUUGCCAUCAGUGAUCUCGCUAAAAAUAUGUAGCUACUUCCCAGCUAAUCUUAAUCCAAUGAAAGAUGAUAAAAUGAUAGUAUAGUAUAUGCAUAAUGGAAAAUUUACCUUACCAAAAAAACAAAAAAAAAAAGGAAAGAAAAAAAAAAGAUGAGCCCAAAGUUCUUUCUGUCUACUAAACUAGCUCUUGGGAAAUAGCUUCAGAAUGCACUGUAGCUCCCUCUAUCUAACAGAGAACUUCAUGUUGAUAGACACUGUAAAAUAGUCAAAGAGUUUUGCUGUGGUGAAUAAUCACGUUUUUACUGAAAAGAAGUGAGAGCCAAAAGUUUAAGUAGUUCCAUGUCAUGUCACUUGUUUGAAAAGUGCUUAAAAGUUUUCUUAAAUAUUUGCAUUGGGAAAGGACAGCUGUGAUAAUGUCCAAAUACUCUGAAAUGCACUGGACCAUGUUACUGUGAUGGAAUAUGAAAUUCAUCUGUAAAUUUUUAUAACAAGGGGUUUAAAAAAAAAGACAUUUGAUUAAAUUAUGAACAAGUUUUAAAAUUCCUUGGAGUUUUCUAAGAACACAUAAAUAGCAGCUUUCUUACUCCGUGAAAAAGAUACUUUGAAUCUGUUAUUUUAUUUACAUUUGUAGGAUUGUUACAUUAACCAGAAAAAUAGUGGGAAAGCCCUGAGAAAAAGACACUAAAGUUUGUGUCAGCUGAGGAAGUCUGUUUGGUUUGCUUUUUGUAUGUUUUGGUCCAUUUUAUUGCUGAGAGUGGGGGCAUGACUUCACAAUUUGUGCUGAAAUACAACAACGUAGCCACGUGUA